UUACACUUCUGCUCCUUGUUAUAUCUGUGCAGUGGUUUUCCCAGACCUAGACGUCCUUGCAUUCACAAAAGUAAAGUUGCGCGCGCGCUCAGUACAAACCCGAAAAAACUCCCACCACAACAGGACAUUUACAUCUGGUGCAGAGAUCACCAUAUUUUAGCACAGGGGAAAGUAAGAUAAUUGGCUUAUCGAUAGGCUUGAUGCGUUUAUUUUGUUAUGCCUUUGACCUACUGCUACGUUAGAAAAUGGCGGAGUCGGAUGGUGGGGAUUUCGCCUCGAAUCGUCCGCAGAACAGUAUGGCUAACCAGAAUAGCACCCUGCGUUGCACGUUCUCAGCCCCAAGCCAUAGCGCCACUCUCCUGCAGGGCUUGUCGGUCCUGCGAGUCCAGGGGCAGCUCCUGGAUGUGGUGCUGGCCAUCAAUGAGGAGCGCUUCCAGGUUCACAAGGCAGUGCUGGCCUCCUGCAGUGACUACUUCAGAGCCAUGUUCACCGGAGGCAUGAGGGAGUCAAACAAGGAUACCAUUGAGCUGAAAGGCUUGUCCGCCCGCGGCCUGAAACAUAUAAUUGACUUUGCUUACAGCGCAGACGUCACACUUGACCUGGACUGCAUUCAGGAUGUACUGGGAGCAGCUGUCUUUCUCCAGAUGGUCCCAGUCGUGGAGCUCUGCGAGGAGUUCCUCAAGUCAGCCAUGAGCGUAGAGACCUGCCUGAACAUUGGCCAGAUGGCCACCACCUUCAACCUGUCCUCCCUCAAGGAGUCUGUGGACACCUUUACCUUCCGCAACUUCCUGCUAAUCGCUGAGGAGGAGGACUUCCUGCACAUUCCCAUGGAGCGCCUGGUCUUCUUCCUGCAGAGCAAUAAGCUGAAGAACUGCAGCGAGAUCGACCUGUUCCAUGCUGCCAUCCGCUGGCUGCAGCACGACGACGCUCGCCGGGCCGGAGCAGACAAAGUGCUCUGCCACGUACGAUUCCCCCUCAUGCGCUCCUCGGAGCUGGUGGACAGCGUGCAGACGGUGGACAUCAUGGUAGAGGACGUGCUGUGCAGGCAGUACCUCCUGGAGGCCUUCAACUUCCAGAUCCUUCCCUUUCGUCAGCACGAGAUGCAGUCCCCUCGGACCGUGAUCCGCUCCGAAGUAGUUUCGCUCAUUACCUUUGGUGGGACACCCUACACUGACAAUGAUCGCACUGUGAGCAGUAAGGUGUUCUAUCUUCCAGACAUUGCCGCACGUCAGUUCAAGGAACUAACGGAGGCGGAGACAGGUUCCAGCCACGCCUGUGUAUCGGUGCUGGACAACUUUGUUUAUGUAGUAGGCGGGCAGCACCUGCAGUACCGCAGCGGUGAAGGGGCGGUAAACGUCUGCUUCCGCUAUGACCCGCACCUGAGCCAAUGGCUGCGCAUCCAGCAGAUGCAGGAGGUGCGCAUUCAGUUCCAGCUCAACGUUCUUCAAGGACAACUCUACGCCACUGGGGGGCGCAACCGAUCUGGAAGUCUGUCGUCCGUAGAGUGCUACUGUCCCAAGAAAAAUGAGUGGACCUACGUGGAACCACUGAAACGCAGAAUCUGGGGCCAUGCAGGAACUCCCUGUGGUGACAAGCUCUACAUCUCAGGGGGUUACGGUGUCUCGGUGGACGAUAAGAAAGCCCUGCACUGUUAUGAUCCCACAUCUGACCAAUGGGACUUCAAAUCGCCCAUGAACGAGCCCAGAGUGCUUCAUGCUAUGAUCAGCGCCAAAGACCGUGUUUACUGCCUGGGCGGUCGCAUGGACCACGUGGACCGCUGCUUUGACGUCCUGGUGGUAGAGUAUUAUAUUCCAGAGAAUGACCAGUGGACCACUGUUAGCCCCAUGCGAACAGGGCAAUCUGAGGCAGGCUGCUGCUUGUUGGACAAAAAGAUCUAUAUCGUUGGCGGGUACAAUUGGCAUCUAAACAAUGUCACAAGCAUCGUGCAAGUGUACAACACAGAGGCUGAUGAGUGGGAGAGGGACUUGCACUUCCCUGAGUCUUUUGCAGGAAUUGCGUGUACGCCGAUCAUACUUCCACAAACCACCACGCAACGGUAAUCCCUCCGCCCAAAGUGACUGUGACAAUUUGAUUCCAUGGGCGAUUCCUCACAAAACUGAAAACAAAAUAAAUACCAUGAUUUGGGGGAUUUUCAGGCAAUUUAAUCCACAGAAGGGUCCUUUGGAAGAAGGAUGGAUGACACAUACAGUGCCUUCAGAAAGUAUUCACACCCCUUGACUUUUUCCACAACUUGUUGUGUUACAGCCUGAAUUUAAAAUGGAUUACAUUUGGAUUUUGUGUCACUGGCCUACACACA